CCUUCAGCAGAGAUUGGCGUCCGACCUGUCAAGAAACUUCUAAAUGACUCGGUUACAUUCACCAUGGAGCCGGUUGAAUUCGCCCCAGAAGACACCACUAUCAGGUGGAAAAGUCAAGAAAAAUAUCAGGAAAUUGGAUUUUGCAGAAGGAAGCUUUUCAGUGGGAUCAGCCCUCAGUUUAACAACCGCGUUGACUGCAACGGUGACACCCGGGUCACUAUCAGGAACCUGUCACGGGCUGAUAGCGGCCUGUACAUUCUCUCCUAUACGUUACCAUGCAAAGUGAAAAAAGAUGUGAAAUAUCAUGAUCUUACUGUAUAUGAGCCUGUUCCUGCCCCGCACGUAGAGAAGGAAGUGGAGGGGAAUUCUGCUACUUGGUGCAAUUUCACUCUCUAUUGUUCUGUCCCAGCAAACUCCCCAGUGGAAUGGUACCAUUGGCAGAAAGGGAAUAAUGAGACGGGGUACCGGCACUAUAUGAAUGGACCCUCCAUCCAGGUGUCACUGCACAGCCAAUCAUUGGGGACUUUGGAUGAGGAGUUUAUCUGCACUGUGUAUAACCCAGCCAAUCAGAAAAGCACCUCCAUUCACAUAAAGGACAUCUGCACUCUAAUGGCAGACAGUUCCAUUCACUUGAACAAACCUCAGAGACCUUCCCAACUGGAUGAAUCCAUCUUUAUCACAUGCUCUACCAUAGCCUUUGUGAUUUUGGCUGUAAUAACUAUUAUUGUAGUAAAUGGUAUUGGGAAGCACUUAUCUAAUGGGUUGAGUAGUCUGAAAUAGUAAGUAACAAGGAGUUUAUAAAACCAAAUGAAAAUAUAUUUCAUGUUUCAUAAUAUGGCUCAGUUAUGAGCAUAGUGCAGUUUCCCAUAGUAUCCAAUCAGCAGUUACUUUUGACCAACCUUUUAUCAAAACAAUUUGCCAAUGGCAAAAUGCAGAAAUUCUCCAUGCCUGGUGAAAAAAUUCACUCAUCACUAAUAGCCUUCUCAAAAAAUAUCCAAUUGCAAACUCACAUCCAUUUUCUUGUACUGCAGCCAAGCGGGAGUGCUGACUACAUGAUGUGACCUGAAUGCUUUGGCUCUGUUGUUGAUCUUGCUAGUAUUACUAUGUAUAUAGCACAUUUACAUUAUAAUUAAAGAAUAAACAUGAUCACGAAAUUUCUAUCCCGUUGCAAAGCCCCCUAUUCCUACCUGUUGAUUUGCUUGCCUUACUAGAUUGUGCUUGUUUCUAAUUGACUGCCUCCUUAUUUUCCUAUUUAGUACCCCCCAUUUAUUUUGCACCCAGUUUAUCUUUCUGGAUAAUUCGAAGCUUGUUCCCACACUGCUCUAGCUGCCGAGCCCCCCAGUUCUCUACAGAUUCCUAGUAGAUGCCAUCAACACCUGUGCUUUGAAAAAUGGACACAUCUCAGUAAGGGAAGAGUCAAUCCAAAUUUCUGCAGACCCUUAUAUUGGGGGAACAGGGAGUUUGGCUGGCAGGUAUAUUUAUAUUCACAGGAGGUUGCAUGUAACAGAAUAGGUGAGUAGGCUCUGAUGUAACUACAGAAUAUCAGGAGUGUGUGCAGCAUAAACCAAGCCAAGAAAGCAUUUUGUGGCUGAAAGGAUAUAAGAAGUCCUAUUUUAAUGUACACAAAAGUAAGUUCAGUGUUUUUAAUUUGCCUCUGAAAAAGUCAAAUUAAAGGAGGACUAAACCCAAACCCAGUCCACAGCCGAGAUCCAUCCCCCACCACUGUCUCCCUCCAAGCUCCCUCCUGCAACAGCUGUUCUCUUUCAGGCUGAUGGCCCACGGAGCUAGUUAGCCACCCUCCAUAGAUCUCUGCUACCAGGGUCGGACUCCCCCUGGGGCCCUGCAAGUGCCCCCACUGGCCAUGUCCCCCGCACCCCUUAACCCUCACAGGGGCCCCCACUAAGCCUCCCUAUUCCCCUGCAGGGUUCCACACCCAACGUCCUCCUCUGAGCGUGCAUAUGUUUAACGUGUCAGGGGAGGAAUGGUUGGCCGGGGGAGCGCUGACAAGGGUCGGGGCCAGUCUGACCCUGUCUGCUACUGUGGGUGACUAACUGCUCUGAGAUGCCUUUCCACUGGCAACAUUAGGAGUUGCCGGUGUAAAGGCCUACGCAUGGCUUUGGCUUUCCGAAGUUGCACGAAAUUGCCUGCAGAAGGAAACUUCAUGUGACUUCAGAAAGCCGAAGAGAUGUGUAGGCCUUUCCACUGAUGACGACUCAUUCUUGCCAGUGGAAAAUCAACUUGGAGUGGUUAGUUGCCUGCAGCAGCAGAGAUCUAUUGUGGGCAACUAACUCGCUCCAUGGGCCAUCAGCCUCAAAGUGUCCCUGUGUCCUGACCUGCCAUAAAUCUGCAGCUGAGUUCAAAGGUGCCAUUUUCUUCUGUCUCUCAAACCUCUUCUGUUAGCGCAGACAACAUUAUCAGCCUCCUGAAUCAGCUUUGACCGCACAUACUCCAGCAAGAUCCAUAUUGGAGAAAUGA